GCUCACGAAGGCGAGAGCGGCCGCAGUGGCUUCCAACUCUCUCCAUUCUUCAAAAUCGUCGCCCGCUCCUCCAGUCAUGUCUCAAUGGCGGUCAACGCACUCUGGCCCUUCGUCAUAGUCGCCAUAGUCUUGCACUUCACCACCAAUGCACCACUCUGGAUCUUCGCAACGGCAUAUAUCGGUAUGGUCCCGGCAGCCAACCUCCUCGGUUUCGCGGGUCAAGAAUUUGCUCGCAAAAUGCCGAAAGUUGCUGGUAUCUUGAUUGAGACGACUUUUGGCUCGAUUGUUGAGAUUAUCCUUUUCAUUGUGCUGAUUGUCAAGCACAAGCCUGAUGAUGGAGAAGGUGAGGGAAAUGGGGAUGAAGGGAAUUUGAUCCCGAUCAUUCAGGCUGCCAUUCUCGGAUCGAUCUUGACGAACCUUUUGCUCUGUCUGGGGCUGUGCUUCUUCGCUGCUGGCAUCCGGAAACACGGGGAGAAUCAGAAAUUCCAUGCUGUUGUAUCUGAAGUGGGAAGCGGGUUGCUUUUGGUUGCGGCUUUCGGACUGCUCAUUCCGAGCGCUUUCUAUUCCGCUUUGAAGAGUGAGACCAUCUCGGUGCUCCACGAACAUUUCACGAAGAGUCAGCUACAACAAGAUAUCCUGAGGAUCAGUCAGGCAACAUCGAUUGCUUUGAUCGUGGCUUAUGUCCUUUACGUCAUCUAUAGCUGCACUUCGGCGCAUUCGAUCUUCGACGAAGUCAUUGAGAUGGACGAGCAUCGGGAUGCUGAUCGAGCCGACGAUAUGGCCAAGCCGAAAUUGACGCUCACCGAGACUUUGGUCGCAAUCAUUGUCUCGAUCGUCUUCGUGGCAUUGUUGCUCGUCAUUCUGGUCGAACAAAUUGAGCACGUCGUUGACAGCGGUGUUCCCGAUCAGUUUCUCGGCUUGAUCCUGCUGCCGCUUGUCGAGAAGGCGGCAGAGCAUCUGACAGCUAUUGACGAGGCUUGGGAUGGAGUCAUCAAUGUUGCGCUGUACCAUUGCAUCGGUCCUUCGAUUCAAACAGCGCUCUUCAACGCUCCGCUUGUGGUGCUGGUCGGCUGGGCUCUGGGCAAACCAAUGGACCUCAACUUCGAAAUUUUCAUGAUCGGCCUGCUCGUCCUCUCAAUCUUGGUUGUUGGCAACUUUCUUCGAGAUCAGGAGUCCAAUUGGCUCGAGGGCGCACUGCUGGUGAUUGUCUACAUCAUCAUCGCCAUUGCCUCAUUCUACUACCCCAACCCAGACGUUGCCACCUCGAACGGACUCGAAGGCAUAAUCUCUCAGAACGUCACAAUCCCUGCAGAGCUCUACAAGCAGCUCUUGGCGCUACCAGUGGCAUGA